AUGGUGCAUCCAGCAGUGAUAGCGAGCGCAGUAACGGCAGGCGUAGCAGCAGCCGUAGCCUUCGAGCUGAGCGUGUUCAAACCGUGGAGAGAAGAGAAUUGGCCAGAUGGCGUACUACAAGGAGUCAAGUCAGAGUGGCACACUUUCAAACAGGAUCUGAGAGAGUUGACGGGUGAUAGGCGGGCGCAUACAGGCUAUGAUCAUACUGCCACAAGCGGCACAAGAAGGAGGAGAAGAAGGAGGCAGAGCAGAGAUCAACACGGUCAAGUGGUCGAUCAGACCGAAAGCGAGAGCGAAAGCGGAUCGGAAGACGAGCAUGAUGCGCGUGCGAGCGCCACUGGUGCGCGUGAGGAGAAUGAUGCGCUCAGAAGGAGGAACUUGAACAGACAACAGAGAGAGGAAGAGAGGGAUUUGAGAGAACUUCAAAAGGAGAUCGAGGAGUUUGAGAUGCACGAAAGGGAUGUGAUAAGGAUGAGGCAACGGAUGAAGCGAGAGUUUGAUCAAAGUGUAACUAGCAAUGGCGGCAGCAACAGCAGCAGCACGUCCUCGCGCAGCAAAAGGCCGCAAGGCGAUUCAUCGAUGGUGAGCGUGUUGCUUUGAGCUUGCACUGGCCCUUUUGCGCUUCGGCUAAGUCGCCGUUUUUGCUGUGCUCGCAGACGAUGCUCGAUCGCGCUUCUAGACCCUACAGCCACUCAUCUUCCAGCCUCGUCACCUCUGCUAAACAGAAGGAUUUGCCUCGUCCACCUUCACCACCAUCCAAGUCUAGUGCCAUCGCCUCGCCACACGACCCGCAACACCCUCAUCAUCUCAUCGGCUCACCUAGCGCCUCGACAAACGCAUCGCCCAGCAUCCAGAACAAGUCCUUACCCGACGUAUCAUCGACUGCUCAUACCGAUGUGCGAGAGUGGAAUGUGGCACAAGGUAGCGCUGCUCCUCGUUCCAUUUCUUCCUGCACCAACACCUUGCAUUCAGAUCUCGCAGACGCGAGCGACAACGUCUCUGCUGCUGCUGCUGCUGCUGCUGCUUCACCCACUACGCAUUCUUCCGUCGGUAGAGCUUCCGCUUCCGAAAUCUCGGAUUUGGACGCGCCCCCAACAACGCUCUACACCCCUUCCAUCUCCUCUCGCGAUGUGAACGGAGAUGGCAAUGGCGAGAGGAGAGAUCCUUUUACAUUUGUAUCUCCGCCAGACAGUGUGUGGGCAAUGUCGGAUGGAGGAGGUACAGAUGGAGGGUAUGGAGAUCAAGAUGAGGAGAUGGUUGGGGAUGAAGAAGGGAUGAAUGCGGCGCCAAAAUCUGCUGCCGUCAAUUGUUCACCUAAGGCCACAGUACAGGAUCCGUUCGAGGAUGAUGAGCUUGACUACCCAAGACCAUCCACGCACCUGCACCCGGACGGUCGUAGCAUGCAGCCGAGCUUGAGGAACCAAUCUUCCACCAUGACGUUGCAAGAUCCUGCUCGAUCUAUCGGCAGUGCCGAGCUUGGUGCGCAAAGCGCAAUUUCACAGCAUCGAAGCACAUCCAACUCCUCUUUGGGCCUCCAGACCGCUGCGGAAUGGGAGUCCUUCUCAGGCAGCGGAACCUGGUUCAUGCCUUCGCCUUCGCCUUCGCCUUCCGCUUUCGCAUCCGCAUCCGCAUCCGCAUCCACGUCGACGGCCGCGCAGCGCUCGACCUUGCAGAGCAAGGCGCAAUUUGACGCAAAGACUGGUGCUGCCAUGUCAGAGCGCAAGGAAGCCAACGUCGAUCGUGAGGAGGAGGAGAGCGAUGAGGAAUGGAGCAGAAGCGGGGGCAGGGUGGGAGAUGCGACGGCGAAGGCGGUGGCCACAGCUACAGGCAGCAUCGUCGCGAGCGAUGAGGAGUGGGACAAGGUGAGCGAUGCAAACGAUGCUUGA